AUGUGGAGGGCGUUCCUGGAGCAGGCGGCCGGUGCGCCAUCAGUCGGCCUGGCCGCGCAGAUCGCCAAGCUGUCUCUGGGCGACGGCGCUGCGGCGGCCAACGGCGCGGCUCCGGCCGCACAGGACGGCGCCCCGCUGCUGCAGGCUGCCGUGAAGCUGGGCAGCGUACGGGCAGUGCUAGAGGCCAACGCGGCGCGGCGCAAGCCCAAGAUCGCCAAAGGCACGCGUGACUUCCUGCCGGCGCAGAUGACGAUCCGGCGGCACGCGUUCAGGGUGAUAGAGCGCUGUUUCGCACGGCACGGCGCGGUGGCGAUAGACACGCCGGUAUUUGAGCUGCGCGAGACGCUAAUGGGCAAGUAUGGCGAGGACUCCAAGCUCAUCUACGACCUGGCCGACCAGGGCGGGGAGAUCCUGAGCCUGCGGUACGACCUGACGGUGCCAUUUGCGCGCUACGUGGCACUGAACGGGCUGGGCAACAUAAAGCGGUACCACGUCGCGCGCGUGUACCGGCGCGACCAGCCGCAGGCCGCGCGCGGAAGAUUCCGCGAGUUCUUCCAGUGCGACUUUGACAUUGCCGGGGCCUACCCGCCCAUGGUGCCCGACGCCGAGGUCCUCAAGGUGCUGGUGGAGAUCCUGUCAGAGCUGGACAUCGGCGCCUUCCGCAUAAAGCUCAACCACCGGCGCAUUCUGGACGCGAUGAUGCGCGUCUGCGGGGUACCUUCCAAUAAGUUCCGCGCCAUCUGCUCCGCCAUUGACAAGCUCGACAAGGAGCCCUGGGCCGCCGUGCGCACAGAAAUGGUCGACCAAAAAGGCCUAGCGCCGGAGGCGGCGGACCGCAUCCAGCAGUUUGUGCAGGAAGCGGGCGAGCCGCGCGCGCUGCUAGCCAAGCUGAGCGCUGCGGAUUAUCCGCUGGCGGCCGACCCGGAGGCGGCUGCCGCGCUGGCCGAGAUGGGCACACUCUUCGACCUGCUCGGCUCCAUGGGCAACGCCCUUGACAGCAUCAGGUUUGACCUGAGCCUGGCACGCGGCCUGGACUACUACACAGGACUCAUCUACGAGGCCGUCCUAGUGCCCACUCCUGGCAGCGAUGCAAACGAGAACGUGGGCUCCAUCGCGGCCGGCGGCAGGUACGACGGCCUGGUGGGCAUGUUCAGCGGCAAGGACGUGCCAGCGGUGGGAGUCAGCAUCGGCAUCGAGCGCGUGUUCGCCAUCCUCGAACGCCGCCUGACAGCCGCCGCCAAGACCGGGGGCGCCACCAUCCGCGAAACCCAGACGCAGGUGCUGGUGGCGUCACCAGGCAAGGGCAUGCAGCUGGACCGAAUCCAGCUGGCGGCUGAGCUGUGGGGCGCUGACAUCGCGGCCGAGUUUGGGUACAAGGCCAACCCCAAUUUCAAGGACUCGCUGCAGUACGCCGACGAUGAGGGCAUCCCCUUCCUGGUCAUCCUGGGCGAGUCAGAGAAGCAGGAGGGCAUAGUGCGGCUGAAGAACAUGCAGCGCAUUGCAGAGCUUGGCUCCGGCGAUGCUCUGCUCAGCAAACUGGCCGCCUGA